AUGUCGGAACUUGGGAACCUCACAUUAUCAAUGGGCACCUUUGUCAAGUUCCUGCUGAUCACAGCAUUUGAUGCUUCCAAGAACACCACCCAACCAGAAGAGAAGACCCAACAGACCAUAAACCACGAUGAUCUUGUGGGAGCCGUCACCUUCAUUAUGGUCUUCAUAGGCAUAUUUUCCUUCUUCAUUGUUGCCGUGUUGGUGAUUGCAAUCAGAUCCAGAUCAUAUGACCAGCUGGGGGAACAGUAUCUCAAUAACUGCAAUUUGGUGGAAUCCGACUCAACAAUUGAAUAUUUUCAGGGAGCUAAAAAUCUUUGCCAUGAAAACAAGACAGUAGAGUGA